AUGUUCAAGCCAACGCAGGUCGCCCUCUCAAAAGCGAGCCGAUUGCCGCUCAACUCGAAGAAGGCCAACCGUGAUUUCUACAAGGGCACACGUACCGGCAACAUCAUGCGUCGCAAACGUAUCGCUACUGCCGAUCCACGAGGCAAUCAGCUGUACGAUACCAACGGCAAAGAACGAUACUGGCACCUCAAAACCCAUCGGAUUGAUGAAGCUAGGGUGCCCAAUUACGUUGUCCCACCUGGUUUGGCCGAGACCAAAUUGCGUCCAUACGUAUUUGCAGGUGCACCCAGCGAUGGUGGCGUCUCGAGGAAGCGCAAGUUCGGGCUGCCCGAGUAUCCAAGGAUGGACGCAAACGGUUUCGACGGUACCUAUUACCGGUCUGUCAUCGGCGACAUGCUCCAAAAACGAAAAAUCUUGGAACAGCAUGAGCAUGACAAGAGGUUGGCCCAGUCGUCUCGCAGCUAA